AUGUUCCGCUCCGCCAUUGUUCGCUCCUUGCGGGCCUCCGCCCCCCGUGCCGCCAUGAAGACCGCGGCUCCCAUUCAGAUCCGCAGCUCUCCCAUUGCUGUCCAGAUGGCUCCUCGUAUGGUCUCCCAGAGCAUCCGCUUCUACUCCGCUCCUGCUGGUCUGUCUAAGGACGAGAUCGAGGGCCGGAUAGUCAAUCUGCUCAAGAACUUUGACAAGGUUUCCGACCCCAGCAAGAUCACCGGUGUCUCCCACUUCUCCAACGACCUCGGUCUUGACAGCUUGGACACUGUCGAGGUUGUGAUGGCUAUUGAGGAGGAGUUCAGCAUUGAGAUCCCCGACAAGGAGGCCGACCAGAUCCACAGCAUCGAGAAGGCUGUCGAGUACAUCAAGGCUCAGCCCGAUGCUCACUAA